GCAGCCAGCAGGCAGCAGGCAGACAGCCAGCAGGCAGUCAGUCUUGCGCGGAACCUCGCGGCGUGUGUACGUGUCGCUGUGGACCGCUACGCUCGCCUUCGUGCACGCGAAUUAAACACCACUUUCGUCAAUUACUCAGAGUGUGUUUGUUGCGGAGCGCGAGUGUCGUCUGCUAGAGCGUAACCCCGCUGACAGCUGAGUAGCAGUGCGUGUGCAGUGCCCCUUCAAGUCCCCCGCCGUCGAGUUUGGUGGCUUUCCCGCAGGAUCGUCCUGCCCCCAGUCUUUGUUGUCGUCCGAGUUGGACGAGAAAAUCGAUACGCGCUGUUCCAGGAGCGUGUCGUCAGCUGAGGGCCGACUAACCUAAACUGCGCUCCCCGUCGUCGUCUCGUCCGGACGGAGUGCAACGGAGUGUCGAGUUGCUGAGGUGUGAAUGUAGCAGCGCUGCGCCGCCACCGGGACUGCAACCCUGACCCUGUCGGACCCUCUCGCCGCAUCCCGACUUUUCUAUGAGAGCGACGGAGCUGGACAGCGACCCCAGGGCACUCGCAGAAGCAGCAGUCGCGGCGGUAGCGGCGGUGACAGAGAAGGCGCCGGACGACGCGGCUCGCGGAUUGGCGUCCAACGGCAAGGUGGUGCUCCCCUCCCCUCUCCGGCUGUGCGGGAAUGGUGUACUUGGUGUCGGGCUGGGGCAUGGGCGAUAGCACUGAGCGCGUCAGCAAGUAUGGCGACCACCAGGAGCAGCAGCAGCCUCAGCAGCAGCAGGAUGUCGCGCAGGACCGCCAGCAGAACAACAACCCGGACAGCAGCCCCAGCAGCCCCAGCAGCCCGACGGGCGGCAGCAGCAGCCUGCCGCUGCAGCUGGACCUGCUGCACAUCGAGGACAACUCGGAGGUGGCGCUGCACCCCCUCCACAACCAGGUCGGCGGACACACGCGCCUGUUGCUGCUGAACCAGUCCACCAUCUGCAAGCCGCUCAACUCGCGGGAGCUCAACUUCUACCAGAACAUCCCCCUCGACAUCAAGACGUUCGUCCCCAAGUACAAAGGCGUGAUGCAGGCGACGCACUCGGGCGCCGUGACGCUGGACAAGCGCUACAGCCCCAGCUUCCGCGACGAGCCGCGCGCCGCCAAGCGCAAGCGCGAGGUGGGCGGCUCGGGCUCCACCUCGGGGGCGGCGGCCGGCCAGGGCGGCGGCUCCUCGUCGACCGCGGGCACCGCGGGCGUGCUGCGCAUGAAGGUGCAGCGCGAGGGCGCGGCCUCGGCGUCGUCCUCCAACGGCUCGCAGCUCUUCCUCCUGCUGGAGAACAUCACGUCGCGCUACCGCCAGCCGUGCAUCCUGGACCUCAAGAUGGGCACGCGGCAGCACGGCGACGACGCGUCGGCCGAGAAGCGCAGCAAGCAGAUGGCCAAGUGCGCCGCCAGCACGUCGGCGUCGCUGGGCGUGCGCCUCUGCGGCAUGCAGGUGUACCAGGCCGACACGGACAACUACGUGAAGCGCGACAAGUACUGGGGCCGCGAGCUGAGCGAGGAGGGCCUCAAGGCCGCCAUGUACCGCUUCUUCCACAACGGCUACCAGCUGCGCACGCAGGUGAUCCGCCGCAUCCUGGGCCGCCUCGAGUCCCUGCGCAGGGCCAUCGAGCGGCAGUGCAGCUACCGCUUCUACUCGUGCUCCCUGCUCAUGGUGUACGAGGGCUGCGAGUGGGACCACAUGACGCCGCGGAGACACUCGGUACACUCUGUGCCGUCGGCGUCGACGGACAACCAGCGACGCUGCUCGCAGGACUUUUUAAUCAAUGACGAGAGCACACAAGACUCGUCGGACAACAGCCGCAGUGCGGGCUGCUGCUAUGACGCGGACGCCAGCAACUCGUCCAUGGACUUCUUGAUGUCGCCGAGGCACGAGCUGGGCGACGGGGACGGCCACUCGGAGCUGGACGACGACGUGAGCCAGGACUCGCACCAGCGUGGCUUCGGCGAGGCGGCCGCGCGCGGCGCCAAGAACUCGUCCUCGUCGUCGUCUUUCUUCCCGAUCUCCGAGGACACCAUGUUCCUCGACACUCCGCCGUCAUCUCAGCCGCGGGACAUGCCCGACUCGAUGCCCAGCCCCUGGAUGCUGUACAGCAGCGGGGUCGGCCAGUUCGGCGACUUCUGCUCGUCGCCGCCGCACAGCUCGGAGGAGCUGUCCUCCGACCUGGAGCUGCAGAUGAAGCCGCAGAUGGGCGCCAAGCGGGUGCGCCAGCAGCUGCGCUACGACCAGGACGGCGGCCAGGGCACGGAGGAGGAAGACGAGGAGGACGACGAGGACGAGGAGCUGUCGCCUUCCGCCACCGACCGGUCGCUGGCCUCCAUCGCCAACAAGCGGCUGCGUCCGCGACGCCCCACGCCGCUCGGCGGGCACACUGCCGCCAUGGGCCACGGCAGCCACGGCGGCCACAGCCAGGAGGCCAAGGCCAAGAGGCUCAACAGGAUCUCGCCGCCCUCGCCCCACGCCGCCCAGGGUGACGGCGAGGACGACCUGGCGCCCGCCAUCCGCGUCGACGUCCGCAUGAUCGACUUCGCCCACACCACCCUGGCGGCGGCCACCUCGUCCUCCGCGUCGCCGUCGACGACGUCCUCCACGCCCUCAGGUACGGUGCACCACGGCCCCGACUGCGGCUUCCUCACCGGCCUGGACAGCCUGCGCCGCAUCCUCAUGGAGAUCCUCUCCGAGGACUAAGGCGCCCUCGCCCUCGUCCCGGAGAGACCGGCUCUCUAUGACGUCCCCGCGCACGCUCACGCGCACGCGCAGGCCAGAGCCCAGCGAAUCCCGCAGGGCUGUUUUCAACUCGGAUCUCUUUUCCCCCGUGAUACUGCUUGGCUCGUAGUCUCCCCGCUUUUCUAGCCCAAGCCCCUUUCCCUUUGACCGCGUCAAGACGAUGGAUGCCCUCGAGUACCACCGCGCCAACGUGUCGUUCAUGCUGCAUGAUGGACUACAUGGCUUUGUUUUUGUCUAGUGUGCGUGCGCUUGUGCGUGUGUGCUCGAUUCGGUGUUUACCGAAGUAAAGCGACUUCUUGUUUGUGUGAACCAGAUUCCACAACUUGACAAUAUGAGUUUUUCUUUAUCCAACAAAGUGAUUUGUAUCCUGAUAUUUUUUUUUUGACGAGUGCCUAGUGUAUGGUGCUACUAUGAUGGAUUCUGCAUUAAGGAUCGGAUUAUGAUUUAUUGGGAUGUUUCCUGAUAGUGGAUGUAAGAUAUUUCUGUUUUCAUUGAGCUUAAACACCUUAGGUCCGCUUGCAAUAUACUUUUUCCCAUGCCAAAUUCUACAAUUCAAUACACAUUAUUGCAGCAAGUAGUUUUGAGUUGUAUUAGCAUUGUAUUCAGCAAUAAAAUUUGUUGUAUUAUUCAUAAUCUGAAAAUUUAACAAUGUUACAUUUUUACAAAGCAGUUUAAUUUAUGUUAUCUGUGAAAAUUCAAAUGAGGUGUUACUUUUAUUGGAAUGGUAAGGUUUUGUGUACUUUUGUUAGUUCGGUUUGUAAGUUCGAGUCAAGAUUUAGAGCUUUACCACUGAUUAACAUCCUAUGGAUUGUCCUUAGUCAGUGUAAAAGGAAUGUGAUAAAGCCUUUCCUAUUAUCAAGAAUCAAACCAAAUUAAACAAUAAGCAUGAAAGAUUAAAAGGAAUGUGAAGUACAAAGUUAAUCUUGCCCUAUAUUGAAGGUGUGGUAUCUUUGACAAAAAUUAUGUUUCUUUUAUUUGUCUGCUGUUUGUUGUGAAGGCAGCUGAAUUCUUGAUUUGACUUUUUCCAGCAACUUGUGAGUGAUGACUUUUAAAAUGAAAAUUCUGGAUUUAGUGGGGUGUGUUCUGAUGUCAGAUCUCAUUUAAGUCUCAUUAGAAUCACCUAUUGUGUGGUGCAGCCUUACAGUUGUAGCAAACAUUUGUAUUCCAGCUGCAACGUUUUCACUUCCUCAAAUUUACUGUAUUAAUUACCAAGGAGAAAUGUUUAAUGCCUUGGCAGUUCUUACAGUGAACUCAGAAGAUAUGAAUGAUGAAUUUGAAAGCUGUAAAAUCAAAAAUUUGUCUUUUAUUGAAAUUGUAAUGUGCAGCUUUUGACACUAUGAAAUUUAUUUUAAUGUAAAAAUAAUGGGGGUUUCUGUGCUUUUAUGAAGGCGUAACAUGAGAAGCAGCCUAUCAUUGCACUACACAUGAUUCCGUUUUAUGUAUCACCCAAAAUUCAUGUGUUGUGACGCUCCUAAUCAAAAAAUUUGAAGAAAAAAAAUCUAUGUUGUAGAAUUUUCUUGACUCAUUUCAAAAGUACCAUAUUUGAUCUUAGCGAAUUCAAUAAUAAUAUUGACUUUAAGAUAUUCCUAGUAACCCGGCAGUAUUCUUGUACAAAAGUCUAGUUAUUUUUAUAGAACAUUGUAUAUUUAUACUGUAGAUAGUUUUUGUACGCCUUCUUUGUUCUUUUGGUUUUUCUGUGUCCUUGUUUUAUCAUCAAUGAUGCAAAGUGAUUGUGUGAAUCAUUUCAAAAGUUUUCUUGGUUUAGCAUUAAGCUGGAAGUGCUGCAUUCAUGCCCUGUUUGAAUCCUACCUUCCUUCCUUCCCUCCUAUUCAUAAAUGCUGUGGAGUGUUUUCAUUCCUUCACCAAACAAUCUUUCAAAUUGACCAAGAAAAGCAUAUUUUGAUGUUUUCUUUGUUGAUUCAGCGUAACACCCACAAUCUGUUUAUUUGUAUGUGUGAUUGUGUUUCUUCCAACACUGUGAUAUUUAUUCUGUCAGUGUAUCUUUGUUCUAUGUAAUUUUAGUGUAGUUUCUGGAAAAAAAUUCAUGUAUUUUCUUUCUUAUUUUUGCAUUUAAGUGUGCUAUAUAUUCUGAGAGUAGGCAUGCCAUGUAUGUCUCCUUACCUGGCUGUUGCUACAAGAAUCUCUUCAAGCCUUUACAAAAUGUUUUGUGGUGAGAACUGCUGUUUGAAAUCCUUUGAAAUCCUUCUUUUUUUCCCCUUUUUAUUAAAAAAGAGGAAAUCAAAGGCAAUUAAUUUUCCAAGUUUUUGAAACACUAUUUCUAUCUAUUCAUAUCUUCUUUUUAGCUGUUUAGAUAACCUUCGAACUACAUGUUUUAUGGUGUACAAUGUCUCCUUGUGACUUAACUUACUGCCACAAAACAGUGGUGUGCACAGGAAGGCCUUAUGCAUGUUACCAGAAUGUUUAAAGAGUUGCUUAACUAUUAACAGUUGCUGUGAAGUGUUCGUGUUUUCCACUAAGUGGGCGUGAGGACAUGACAGUCAAGCUGUGAUAUUUUGUAACCCUAUUGCAGUCUGGUAAAAAGUUACCAUUGUGGUGUAGUUCUUUCUUGUGUUUCCUUAUCGUCUCGAGGUGUGUGAUAUUGUUUACUUUUUUGUCAACAUUACCAUGUAAUGUUUCUUAUGAAAUUAAUAUGUGUGAGGGUAUGAUACUCAUUCCUUUUUUUUCAAAUAUUGUGCAGUCUCGGUGAGGCGAACUUAAUAAAAUGUAAUUUUGUAACCUAAAACAUGUUAAAAUUUUUGCUGAGAGUAGUUCAAAGGUGUUGUUGGUUCUUGUGGUUGUAUCCUAGGCUAAGCAUGUAUGAAGUAUUUUGAAGAAAAAUAAAAAAUCUUUUAAAUAA